AUGAUGCCGGAAAACUUGUGUCCCAGAUGCUUAGAAUCAUUCAAAAGUGAAGCGGACCUCAGAGAGCAUUCAAGAGCGCGCAGUCCAUGUCUGGUGGAUACGGAAACCCACAUCGAAGGCAUCACACGCGACCAGGAGAAGGUGCUGAAGAGCAAGAAGAGGACAAGCAAGUCAGGUUCCAACAAAGCUGAGGAGAAGUGGCGGGAAAUUUACUCGAUUCUUUUUCCUGACGAAGCGAUCCCUAAUGCAUUUUGCAAAACCAUUGGCACGGAGGAUCUGAUGAAAGAUACAUUGACCGCAGUGAAGCGCGAUCUCCCUGAGUUUGUGGCCCAGCGCCUCAAGGAUGUUUCGUCCGAGCUUUUCCCUUUUAAUCUUGAAGAUCCCAUACCCCAGAUCACUCAGAUCGUGAGUGAUGGUCUGGAUCGGUUCAUUCCUGAUUCGAUACUCACCGAUAUUGUGUCGGAGUAUCCAGCUUCCGUGCGUACAGAGAGAAGUCCAGACUCCUCGGCAUUCCAGUCGUCACCCGACGUGAUUUUCCCUUCCGAUAUAUUUUUUUCCACGUUUGUCCCAACCGAGGAGGAUGCAAAUGGGAGCACUGCCAGACAUCACUCCCCAUCGCCUUUGGAGAACAAUGCAGACCACCGGACCGAUGAUUUUUUCGACAUUGUCCUGUAG